ACCCUACUCAUCCCCACUUAUCCAUGACCAUUCCUACAUAUAAUUGAGUAAACCUGUUUAAAAUGGUAAAUAUGGGGACCGCUGUUCCAAGUCCAACCACGGGCUUGCGUGUUGGAUUUUGCAAAUGAAAAGGCCAUGGGCGCCAAAUUUUUUCAUAUUCCCGCUCAUUUCGUCUUUUUGUAAUAGUUAUGUGGAUUAUAUUUGAAAUGAGAUAGAAACAUAUACCCAUUUGGCAGCUUAGACGAGUUUUGGGUAUUUGUUUCAACUUGUGUGUUCGAUUAAAUAAAUAGUGUCUUCGCUUUGAUCUCAGGUCUCUUUCUCUACUCUUUACUGGGUUAUAUUUGUGCUUCUACUUCCAAAUAUUGGAAAGAAAACACACCAACACAAUAAUAGUAAAAGGAGGAUUGUGUUCAAUUGAAAAAAUAAUGGGAUCUUCAGCGCUAUUGGAUUCACCACUCUCCAAUGCUUCCGACUCGGAAUCAGGAAUGAAGAAGACCAAAGGAAAAACAAAAUCCUCGGUUUCUAAGGAAAGCAAGGAACUAAAAAACAACGCGAAAAGAAGAAAGCAAACUUCUUCUCACAGGAUUGAAGAGCCUGCUGUCUCCCAAAAAAGGCCAAAGCGAGCUGCUGCAUGCACAGAUUUCAAGGAGAAAUUGGUACCUUUGUCUGAAAAGUCUUCCGUUCUUGAAUCAAAGAAUGAACAAUUUGCAGAUGAAGAGAUUAUAGCUAUUCACCUCACACAUGAACAAGAAGAAGGUCGUCCAAAUAGGAGACUAACUGAUUUUGUUGUGCAUGAUGCAAAUGGCAUGCCACGCCCCCUUGAGAUGAUUGAAGUUGAUGAUAUGUUUAUAUCUGGUCUUAUAUUGCCUCUUGAGGGGAGUCCUGAGCAGGAAAAGGAAAAAUGUAUUAGAUGUGAAGGCUUUGGAAGGAUAGAAGGGUGGAGCAUAUCUGGUUAUGAAGAUGGCUCUCCAGUUGUAUGGCUUACAACAGAUAUUGCUGAUUAUGAUUGCCUAAGACCUGCAAGUAGCUACAAGAAGUUCUAUGAUCGUUUCUUUGAGAAGGCUUACACUUGUAUAGAGGUGUACAAGAAACUAUCAAAAUCUUCUGGAGGGAAUCCUGAUAUCACUCUUGAUGAGUUGCUUGCAGGGGUUGUUCGAUCAAUGACUGGACGCAAGUGUUUUUCAGGUGCAGCAUCCAUUAAGGAUUUUGUCAUUUCUCAUGGUGAAUUCAUUUAUAAUCAACUAAUAGGAUUAGAUGACACAUCAAAGAAGAAUGACCAGAAAUUUGCAGACUUGCCUGUUCUUCUUGCCUUGAAAGACAAGAGUCGCAAGCAUGGAAAUUAUGUACUGGCAAAAGCAGCAAGCUCUUGUGGGAAUUUGACAAUAUGUCCAAAAGUUGGAGGCACAGAGUCAACUAUGUUACUAUCUAAUUCAUCCUCCAGUGGAGCUGAGGAGGAUGAAGAUGCAAAACUAGCGAGACUAUUGCAAGAAGAAGAGUAUUGGCAAUCUACAAAGAAGCAAAAGAAAAGUAAGGGUUCAGCUUCAUCAUCAAAUACAAUCUACAUAAAAAUCAAUGAAGAUGAGAUUGCUAACGACUACCCUUUGCCUGCAUUUUACUCACAUUCUGAUGAAGAAACUGAUGAAUAUGUAGCUAUUGACAGUGAUGAGCAUAUCAUGGUUGACCCUGAUGAUCUUCCAAAAAGAAUGCUCCAUAAUUGGUCGCUUUACAAUUCUGAUUCAAGAUUGAUUUCGUUGGAGCUUCUUCCCAUGAAACCAUGUGAAGAUAUAGAUGUCACCAUCUUUGGGUCAGGAAGGAUGACUGAAGAUGAUGGAAGUGGGUUCCAUCUUGAAAAUGAUCCUGAUCAGUCUUCCUCAGGGGGUUCAGGGGCACAGGAUGAUGUGGGUUUGCCAAUUUUUUUGAGUGCAAUAAAGGAGUGGAUGAUAGAAUUUGGUUCUUCAGUGGUUUUCAUAUCUAUCCGAACAGACAUGGCCUGGUAUAGACUUGGAAAGCCGUCAAAUAAAUAUUCUCCAUGGUAUAAGCCAGUUCUGAAAACAGCCAAACUUGCAAGAAGCAUCAUUACAUUGUUGAAAGAACAAAGUCGAGUGUCACGGCUUUCUUUUGCAGAUGUAAUCAGGAAAAUAUCUGAGUUCAAAAAGGAUGAUCAUGGUUACAUUUCUCAUGAUCCAGCAGCUGUUGAGAGAUAUGUGGUUGUGCAUGGGCAAAUAAUACUGCAGCUUUUUGCUGAAUUUCCUGAUGAAAAGAUAAAGAAAUGCGCAUUUGUGGUUGGUCUUACAAAUAAGAUGGAGGAGAGACAUCAUACCAAAUGGGUGGUGAAAAAAAAACACAUUAUGCAGAAGAGUCUACCCAAUUUAAAUCCCCGAGCAGCAAUGGGCCCUAUAGGCCUUAUGGUGUCCAAGAGGAAGGUUAUGCAGGCAACGACAACAAGGCUUAUUAACAGAAUUUGGGGGGAAUAUUACUCUAAUUACUCACCAGAGGAUACGAAAGAGGGAACUAAUUGUGAAGCAAAAGAGGAGGAUUGCAUUGAGGAGCAAGAGGAAAAUGAAGAUGAUGCUGAAGAGGAGAAUCUAUUAAUUUCAGAGAAUACACAAAAGCCUUGCUUGGUGUCAUCACGAACCAAAUCAUACUCUUCAAGGGAUAAAGUACAAUGGGAUGGGAAUCCUGUAGGCAUAACGCAUUCUGGUGGAGCUAUUUAUAAGAGCGCUAUUGUUCGUGGCGAGGUGAUUGCUGUGGGAGGUGCUGUCUUAGUGGAGGUUGAUGAAUCAAAUGAACUUCCUCUGAUCUAUUUUGUAGAGUACAUGUUUGAAACAUCAGAUGGAAGCAAAAUGUUUCAUGGGAGAAUGAUGCAGCAGGGACAUCAGACAGUUCUGGGCAAUGCAGCCAAUGAGAGAGAGGUUUUCUUGAGAAAUGAAUGCAUGAAUUAUGACUUGCAGGAUGUCAAACAGGCAAUUGUGGUGGAACUUCGCAAAACGCCUUGGGGACAUCGUCACAGGAAAGAUAAUGCCAAUACUGAUAGAAUUGAUAGAGCAAGAGCAGAAGACAGGAAAAGGAAAGGAUUGCCUCUGGAAUAUUACUGUAGAAGUUUGUAUUGGCCAGAUAGAGGUGCUUUUUUCAGUCUCACCCAUGAUACAAUGGGUCUUGGAUCUGGUGUCUGCCACUCUUGCAAAAUAAAGGAAGCUGAAAUGGAAAAGGACAUUUUCAAAGUUAAUUCUUCUAUGACUCGAUUUGUACUAUUAGGGAUUGAGUAUUCUGUUAAUGAUUUUGUCUAUGCAACUCAAUAUCACUUCACCAUCGAAAGUGAGACUGAAACUUUUAAGGGUGGAAGGAAUGUUGGGUUGAAGGCUUAUGUUGUGUGUCAGUUGCUGGAGAUCAUUGUCCAAAAGGAACCACAACGAGCUGAAGCAAGAUUCACCCAGGUCAAGGUCCGCAGAUUUUUCAGACCAGAAGACGUCUCAUCUGAGAAGGCAUAUUGUUCUGAUAUUCGUGAGAUUUAUUACAGUGAGGAUAUGCAUCUUUUACCUGCUGAGGCUAUCGAAGGGAAAUGUGAAGUCAGAAAGAAAAAUGAUAUUCCUACCUGUAGUGCUGUCGCAAUCUUUGAUCAUAUUUUCUUUUGUGAGCAUCUUUAUGAUCCUUCCACAGGGUCCCUCAAGCAGUUACCAGCUAAUAUCAAAAUGAGGUACUCAAUUGGGACUGCAGAAAGUGAUGCUGCAUCUAGGAAGAGGAAGGGCAAGUGCAAAGAGGGAGAGGAUGAAGUUGAAAGAGAAAGAAAAGCAUCUCAAGAGAGAAGGUUGGCCACAUUGGAUAUUUUUGCUGGUUGUGGUGGCUUGUCAGAGGGAUUGCAGCAUGCAGGCAUCUCAUCAACCAAGUGGGCCAUUGAAUAUGAAGAACCUGCUGGAGAAGCAUUCAAGCUCAAUAAUCCAACGUCUCUAGUGUUUAUUAAUAAUUGCAAUGUGAUCCUUAGGGCUGCAAUGGAGAAGUGUGGUGAUGCAUAUGAAUGUAUCUCAACCACCGAGGCCAUAGAGUUGGCUGCAUCACUUGAUAAGAAAGUAAUCAAUGAUUUGCCUGUACCAGGACAGGUUGAUUUCAUCAAUGGAGGGCCUCCAUGUCAAGGUUUCUCGGGAAUGAAUAGGUUUAGUCAAAGCACUUGGAGUAAAGUUCAAUGUGAGAUGAUUUUAGCAUUUUUAUCCUUUGUUGACUACUUCCGACCCAAGUAUUUCCUCCUGGAGAAUGUGAGGAACUUUGUGUCAUUUAAUAAAGGACAAACUUUUCGUUUGACUUUGGCUUCACUCCUUGAGAUGGGUUAUCAGGUGAGGUUUGGCAUAUUGGAAGCUGGAGCAUAUGGAGUUUCUCAGUCACGAAAACGAGUAUUCAUAUGGGCUGCCUCCCCUGAUGAGAUUCUUCCUGAGUGGCCAGAACCGAUGCAUGUCUUUGCUGCUCCAGAGUUAAAAGUCAUGUUGUCAGAAAAUUUACAUUAUGCUGCUGUUCGAAGUACCGCUAGUGGAGCCCCUUUCCGUGCAAUAACUGUCAGAGAUACCAUUGGUGAUCUCCCAGCUGUUGGAAAUGGUGCCUCUAAGACGAUUUUGGAGUAUAAAAAUGAUCCUAUCUCAUGGUUUCAAAAGAAAAUUCGUGGAGAAACAGCUGUUUUGACAGACCAUAUAUCAAAAGAAAUGAAUGAGCUGAAUCUUAUUAGGUGUCAGAAAAUUCCAAAACAGCCAGGUUCUGAUUGGCGUGACCUUCCAGAUGAAAAGAUUAAGUUGUCUACUGGGCAAGUGGUUGAUUUGAUUCCAUGGUGCCUGCCAAACACAGCUAAGCGGCAUAAUCAGUGGAAGGGGCUUUUUGGGAGGUUGGAUUGGGGGAACUUCCCAACUUCAAUAACAGAUCCUCAACCGAUGGGUAAGGUGGGGAUGUGCUUUCAUCCUGAGCAGGACAGGAUUCUUACAGUUCGUGAAUGUGCUCGAUCUCAAGGAUUUCCCGAUAGCUACAAGUUUGCUGGUAACAUCCAACAUAAACAUCGGCAAAUUGGAAAUGCUGUUCCCCCACCAUUGGCAUAUGCAUUGGGGACUAAGCUCAAGGAGGCAAUGAACAAGAAGGCCAAAUAGUGAGAAUGGCUCCUACAACUCGGCCAAUCAUUACUGUAGAAAUCUUUAGUCGUUUUGACCUUAAGAGAAAUGCUCCCUUUAUUGCUUGGUACAGAAAAAAACAAAUUUGAUUUCCCUUCAAUUUUGGGAAACAGUUGGUUCUACCGGCCUUUAUUCAGCGUUCGGGUUCAAAA